AUUUUUCCGCAAGAACUUUGUACGGAAGCUCGACUGAACCGGGUGUACCACGUGACUUGCUUCCUGUGUCACGUGUGCAAGAAAGAGUUGACGACAGGAGAUGAGUUGCUCGUCUUGAAUGACAACAGACUGCUCUGCAAGGAUGACUUUAUGCUUCAAAGCAACAACGGCAACAACUCGAACGUUAACAACAGCAGCGGCAGCAACAAAUGCAGCGACCCCUACUCUCCGACCACAACUGACAACGAAAUUCUCGGAAGCAGACGACUGAACGGCAUGAACUCCAUCAACAACGUCCUGUCGGUCAACUGUCCAAGCACAGCUGCAGGAGCUAAACGUCGGGGACCACGAACGACAAUCAAAGCCAAACAACUUGAAACGUUGAAAGCAGCGUUUGCAGCUACACCAAAGCCAACAAGACACAUCAGAGAACAGCUGGCCAGAGACACUGGACUGAACAUGAGAGUCAUUCAGGUCUGGUUUCAGAACAGACGAUCGAAGGAGCGGCGGAUGAAGCAGCUGAGCGUGCUGGGGUCGGUGAGGAGGCAUCAGUUCUUCAGGAGUCCUCGGAGGUUGAGAACGAUGAUGAUGACGUCAUCCUCCACCACCUCACCCCACCCUCUUCAUUCCAUCCAUCAUUCUCUCAACCACGAAAACUCGCCUGAUCACGUGAUGAGGAGUGGGGGGAGGAGUUGCGUCAGUGCAGAGGGAGGAAUUGGAAAGUUGUUUUUUGAAAGUUUGUUGCUUCAAAUAUUUUUUAAAAUUUAG